AUGGACGCCGCGCAGGCGCCUGCGGGAGUGGUGGUCGACGUCGAGGCGCUCGCCGGACGGAGAGGGAGCGCCGCGACUAAGGAGCCAGCAUGGAAAAGGUUUUUGUGCCACGUUGGACCAGGAUUCAUGGUAUGCUUGGCCUACCUUGAUCCCGGAAACUUGGAAACAGAUUUGCAGGCUGGAGCCAAUCACAAAUAUGAGCUCCUCUGGGUGAUCCUGAUUGGCCUCAUCUUCGCACUAAUUAUCCAGUCACUAUCUGCUAAUCUAGGAGUAGUCACAGGGCGGCAUCUUGCCGAGCUAUGCAAGACGGAAUAUCCAAGAUGGGUUAGAAUCUGCCUAUGGCUGCUGGCAGAGUUAGCUGUGAUUGCUGCAGAUAUCCCAGAAGUUAUAGGGACAGCUUUUGCUUUCAACCUCUUGUUCCACAUCCCUGUAUGGGUGGGGGUUCUCAUCACCGGCUCAAGCACACUUCUCCUCCUUGGACUGCAAAAAUAUGGGGUUAGGAAACUGGAGCUUUUAGUUGCGCUAUUGGUGUUCAUCAUGGCAGCAUGCUUCUUCAUAGAGAUGAGCAUAGUGAAGCCUCCUUCAGAGGAGGUUAUCCACGGACUAUUUGUACCGAGUUUAAGUGGUUCUGGUGCUACUGGAGACACUGUAGCCCUUCUUGGGGCUCUUGUGAUGCCGCAUAAUCUAUUCCUGCACUCUGCCCUGGUACUGUCAAGGAACACGUCCUCAUCAGUAAGAGGAAUCAAGGAUGCUUGCAGGUUCUUUCUUUUUGAAAGUGGCAUAGCUCUGUUCGUGGCACUUCUCAUCAACAUCUGUAUCAUCUCUGUCUCUGGAACCGUCUGCAACUCAAGGAACCUCUCACCGGAUGACUCUGCAAAAUGCAGUGACAUCACCUUAGACUCAUCAUCCUUCCUCCUCAGGAAUGUGCUAGGCAAGAACGGUGCAGUUGUGUAUGGUGUGGCACUCCUGGCUUGUGGAAUAAGCUCAACCAUCACUGGCACUUACGCCGGGCAAUACAUCAUGCAGGGUUUCUUGGACAUCAAGAUGAAACAGUGGCUGAGGAACUUGAUGACUCGUAGUAUUGCCAUAGUACCAAGCUUAAUCGUUGCCAUCAUCGGUGGGUCCAGCGGUGCUGGUCAUCUCAUCAUCAUCGCAUCGAUGAUACUGUCCGUUGAGCUCCCAUUUGCUCUCAUCCCACUUCUUAAGUUCAGCAGUAGUAGCAACAAGAUGGGUGAAAAUAAGAACUCCAUCUAUAUUAUUGGGUUCUCGUGGAUCCUGGGAUUUAUUAUUAUUGGGAUAAACAUCUACUUCCUCAGCUCAAAACUAGUUGGCUGGAUCCUCCACAACAAACUUCCGAUUUACACUAACGUGCUUAUCGGCAUCAUCAUGUUCCCUCUCAUGCUGCUCUACAUUUCUGCCGUGAUCUACCUGACGUUCAGGAAGGACACUGUCAAGUUUGCGUCUCGCGGUGAGCUGCAGGCCAUUGAAACUGACAAAUCAAAGGUUGCCAAUGAUAGCAGCAAUGAGGAAAACAAGGAGGAUCUUGUUUAGUCCCAGUUUACAGGCAUGCUUCGGUAAAUGCUUGUAUGUGACGUUUGCGAGGACCAUACGGAUUACGAAGAAACAGAAAUGACUUGUACUUCAGCAGCACGUUUAGAAUAGAAUCAAGUCAUCAAUCAAGUCUGGAGGUUGAUUCAACGGUCCUAGAGAAGCUGAUGACUAAUAUUCGAAGAAACUAUGUUGCUGCUAAUUGAUAUUCAUACCGCACACUUGGAGAGAAUGAUAGCAAGACAACUGGCAUUGAUACUUAGAAGCUCUAGGAAUUGUUCAAAGCCAAUUAGUGAGAACGAGCAUGAAGGAGUUAGAUCUCUGAGUUGUUCAUGAUACAAAUUUCUACCGAAGCAUUAGUUUUUGAAACUCUUUAAUCUAGACUAGAAUCACUUGUAUGCCGUUUUAAUUCUGACUUAUUAAUGAUCAGAAUAUGCUAUGCUUAGAACGAUGCAGAAGCAAGA